GCCCCUGCCUCUUCCCCUGCUCCUGCUGCCGCUGCUGCUGCUGCGCGCCGGCCCGGUGCGCGCCGACAGUAAGGUGUUCGGCGACAUGGACCAGGUGCGGAUGACCUCGGAGGGCUCCGACUGCCGCUGCAAGUGUAUCAUGCGGCCGCUGAGCAAGGACGCGUGCGGCCGGGUGCGCAGCGGGCGCGCGCGGGUGGAGGACUUCUACACCGUGGAGACGGUGAGCUCGGGGACCGACUGCCGCUGCUCCUGCACCGCGCCACCCUCCUCGCUCAACCCCUGCGAGAACGAGUGGAAGAUGGAGAAACUCAAGAAACAGGCACCCGAGCUCCUCAAGCUGCAGUCCAUGGUGGAUCUCCUGGAGGGCGCCUUGUACAGCAUGGACCUGAUGAAAGUGCACGCCUACGUCCACAAGGUGGCCUCCCAGAUGAACACGCUGGAAGAGAGCAUCAAAGCCAACCUGAGCCGGGAGAACGAGGUGGUGAGGGAGAGCAUGCGCCACGUCAGCGAGCAGCUGAAGCACUACGAGAACCACUCGGCCAUCAUGAUGAGCAUCAAGAAGGAGCUCUCCAGCCUGGGCCUCCAGCUGCUGCAGAAGGACGCAGCCUCAGCCCCUGCCGCCGCCCCGGCCACUGGCCCUGCUAGCAAGGCUCAGGACACAGCUGGAGGGAAAGGCAAAGACGCCCACAAAUAUGGCAGCGUGCAGAAGAGCUUUGUAGACAGGGGCCUCCCAAAACCUCCUAAGGAGAAGCUGCUGAAGGCGGAGAGGCUGAGGAAGGAAGGCAGCAAGAGCAGAUUCCCCCAGCCCACAGGCAAGCCCAGGGCCCUGGCCCAGCAGCAGGCUGUGGUCAGAGGCAUCACCUACUACAAGGCGGGCAGGAAGGAGGCGACAGAGGCCGUGGCUGACAAUGCCCUCAAGGGCACUUCCUGGCUGGAACAGCUGCCGCCCAGAGUGGAGGGCAGGCCACCAGAGCCCAACUCGGCGGAGCACGACGAGGCUGGGCCUAGGGCCUCAGAGGGAGCAGACCUGGCCCCUGGCACCCCCGCCUCGGACCCCACCCCCACCCCCACUCCCACCACCAGCCCCAUGUCCACCGAGCCACCUUCACGCCCAGAAGUCCCCAGCCAAGGCAGAGAGGGGAGCUGCGAGGGCACCCUCCGGGCCGUGGACCCCCCUGUGAGGCACCACAGCUACGGACGCCACGAGGGAGCCUGGAUGAAGGACCCCGCCGCAAAGGAUGACAGGAUCUAUGUCACCAACUACUACUACGGAAACAACCUGGUGGAAUUCCGCAACCUGGAAAACUUCAAGCAAGGCCGCUGGAGUAACAUGUACAAGCUGCCCUACAACUGGAUCGGCACGGGCCACGUGGUGUACCAGGGCGCCUUCUACUACAACCGCGCCUUCACCAAGAACAUCAUCAAGUACGACCUGCGGCAGCGCUUCGUGGCGUCCUGGGCGCUGCUGCCUGACGUGGUGUACGAGGACACCACGCCCUGGAAGUGGCGCGGCCACUCGGACAUCGACUUCGCCGUGGACGAGAGCGGCCUGUGGGUCAUCUACCCCGCUGUGGAUGACCGCGACGAGGCCCAGCCCGAGGUGAUCGUGCUGAGCCGCCUGGACCCCGGCGACCUCUCCGUGCACCGCGAGACCACGUGGAAGACACGGCUGCGGCGGAACUCCUACGGGAACUGCUUCCUGGUGUGCGGCAUCCUGUACGCCGUGGACACCUACAACCAGCGGGAGGGCCAGGUGGCCUACGCCUUCGACACCCACACGGGCACCGACGCCCGCCCGCAGCUGCCCUUCCUCAACGAGCACGCCUACACCACCCAGAUCGACUACAACCCCAAGGAGCGCGUGCUGUACGCCUGGGACAACGGCCACCAGCUCACCUACACCCUCCACUUCGUGCUCUGAGCUGGGACCUGCGCUCGCAGGAGGGGAGUGGUAGUGGACAUGGGGCUCCUCAUGGCGACUCCCGAGAGGGACUCUGUCAGCAAAUAUUUAUUGGGGGCCAGGCCCAGGGCUCGGUGCUGGGCAUGUGGCUGCCAGGAUAGAGCUUCCUCAGCACCCAGGGAAUGAUAAUCGCUUCCACUUGCAGGGCACUGUGCCCAGAGCUUCACGUGCACUAACCCACUUAAUCCUCCCACCACCACCCUUGGAGGUAGAGAUAGUUAAGCCCAUUCGACAGACGAGGAGACUGAGGCUCAGAGAAACGACAUCCCUUGCCCAAAUAGUCUCAGUUAGGAUCAGGCAGGCCAUG